UAAAGGUCCACAGGUGGGUAAAUGCAGCAGCAGGUGCAUCUUUUGCCUCAGAGACACGGGUUUACACAGAGAGACACUCGCUCACACUGACACUCUGUCUUGGAGCAUAAUUCAUCAUAUUAAGACUCGUGCUGUAAUCAGUGUCUCCAUGGCAUCGCCGUGCCUCAGCAGCAUCCUGACCAAUGCCAACCUCACCAUGUAUCAGAACGGCAUCCCCGAUGUCCUGCCGCAGCAGCGAAGUGUGCUGCCCAGCAUCAACACCCUGCAUAUCAGCAACUCGACAUACAACUCCAACACGAGCGGCCAGUGGUACAGGCAGACCAGCCCUCACUUGUGGACCGCAGAACACGUCCUGGAGUGGAUCAGCGACCACGUAGAGAACACAAAGUUUGACGCAAGCACCCUGAGUUUGGCCUACUGUGCCAUGGACGGCUCCACUCUCUGCCACAUGAACCGGGAACAAAUGGUCGGGGUGUUCGGCCCACAGCUCGGGCUCCAGCUCCACCAGAGUCUGCUGGAACACAAGACCAGAUAUGAGCUGCAGCUGUCAGAACCAGAGCUGAACGAGACCUGCCAGCUCCUGGACCACUUCCUGGACAACCUGAACUUCCCUUUGCUCAGCACCAUUAGAAUUGGCCAAGGUGAAGGAAUCGUCAGCAAGAGGGAGAUUGACUACAGGGAUGAUUACGGUCUUACUAAUCUGAACAUGGAGCCCAUGACACCUGUGCGCGACACGGAGUACCUGUCUGAUAACCAGUCUGACAGCGAGUACAGCUCCUCCUCCAACAGUGGCCUGUUCGACUUCUCAAACCUCGGCUCACCGGAGUCCGGCAGCGGCGAAUCGGACCCGGAGUUCUCCUACCCUGCUAUUUCUAAGGUGCACAUCAAGACAGAGAAAGGAGAGUCUCGCCUGAAGCGCCCCCGGGGGCGACCUCCCAAAGUCAGCAGAGAGCACAGCAGCAGCAUCUACGACAGUCCGAAGAAGAACAAACACGCGCCCCGCGGCACUCACCUGUGGGAGUUCAUCAGGGACAUCCUGAUCCAUCCAGAGAGGAACCAGGGCAUGAUGAAGUGGGAGGACCGCCGCGAGGGCGUCUUUAAGUUCCUCAAGUCCGAGGCUGUGGCUCAGAUGUGGGGCCAGAAAAAGAAGAACAGCAGCAUGACGUACGAGAAACUCAGCCGCGCCAUGAGGUAUUACUAUAAGAGGGAGAUCCUGGAGCGGGUCGACGGCCGGAGGCUCGUGUACAAAUUUGGAAAGAACUCGAGCGGCUGGAAGACUGAAGAGAUCGGCAUGGGCAUGUGAGGCAUCAGGCAGAGAGCGGGUGGAAACCGAAGAGCCAAUCCGAGUUCAGGAACUAGAAAACCGUUGGGUGGCUCGUCUGGCAAAGAAAAACCCCUUGCUGCCCACAUGUUUAAGACACUAACUUCCUCUCAGAAGGAAGGUGUUGCAGAAAAUGUAAGCCAUUGUUUUUGGCUCUAGUAGGUUUUAUGAACCAAUAUUAAUGUUGUACCUUGUUUUGUGUUUAUGUAUGGCACCGCAGAAACGUUACUAUGUGAGCAGUAACUCAAAUAGACAUUGUUUUGGAUGCUUGUGUGAGUCUCAGUAAGCACUUAGAGGCUGACAACGUUUUACAAUCACACAGAAUUCACUCUGGUGUUUGUGUCGACGUCUCUGUAGCGAUGCAGGACUAACUCAUCCUCGUCUGAAAGACGUUUUGGUAUUUGUGCAUUAGUGACUGUAUUAUGUCACUGGAAAUGUUAUAUUCUUAUUUUUCUUACUUUCAUAUUGCUGUCUUGUUAUAUUCUAAAAUGUUUUCCAUGCAAAAGGUGAAAUCAGUUUAUGGAUCUGAAUGUAGUCCUCUGCUAGACGGACAAAGACAGAACAGAGAGAGAACCAGGGUGGAAUAGGGGAUGCUACUUCACGUUAAUACAGUCACGACGUGCAUUACAUGUCUAUCGGUAUCACUUAUUAUAAAGUGUGUAAAAAGUAUGUCACAUGUCUUAUAUAUAUGAUCAUCACCUGUGAACACAGUUUGUAUUAAUCAGUCAGAAAUCGCUGUUUGUGUGAUUAUUUUUUUUAAAAUUGUAUAAUAUGUGAUGAAUCCACUUUGGAUUGAUAAAUGUAUAUGUAUGUGGAGUAAGUCUCAUACCAUGUAUACUGUACCAUCUCUUUAUAAAUGGCAUAUUGUUUUUAAAGAAAUACAUUUUUGACAUGU